AAAAGAAUAUUGACGAUGCUGAGCUAUGGAAAGUGCGUUUGUGAAGUUCAGUCUGCCAUUUCCAACAUGGCGGCCCAGGGCGAAAGCAGCGUGGCUGGAAACUUUUUGAGUUUUAAUGGGGCACGGAACGGAUUGAAUCCAGGUAGCACGAAAAGGAAACGAGUCAACAAAAAUAAAAAGAAAAGCUGGAAUAAGCACAGUGAUAUUAACGACGUAGAGGAAUUCCUCGAUGAUGUGCGCCUUCAGCAACGGACUCUGGGAGGCAUACUAUCAGAAAAGCCAGAUGACAGCUUGUUCUUCCUAGACACUGGAGAUGAAAAGAAAGAUUUGAGAUUGAACAAGAGAAAGAACAAACCACUGAAGAUAGAUCUCAUCCUGCAACCUGCUUCUCAGAUUCCUGCCCCCAAAGAUAUUUUAUCUUACCAGCAACCCAAUGCAAAAAAGCUCCGUCGGAUUGCUAUUCGUGCAAAAAAAUUAGAAGCCCAAGGAGUGGUGCCAAGAUCAAAAAGGCUACUACUAGCACGGCUCAAGAGUUCUCCUACAAGAAAUGCUGGAAAACAGCUGCCUGGCAAUGAUCCAGGGAGGAGCUUCUUUGAUCUCUGGGGUGACACGGAGGGUGAAGCACCAAAGGAAGAUCCCUUUUACUUAGAACAGACAAAAAGGAAGCAAGUUGCACGUCCACGCCGACUUAAUAUCAAACCUUCAGCUUUGCCACCUGUGGAAAUUCCUGUGGCGGGAGCAUCUUACAAUCCAGAUUUUGAUUCUCACCAGUCCUUACUGCUUCAGGCACAUGAAGUGGAAGUGAAGAGGCAGAAAGAAGAAGAGAGGCUACGGCGACAAUUGGCUGUGCCAGCCGAGGCUGUUGCCACUGAAGAAACUAAAUUCACUGAGCAACUUGAAGGACUGCUAGAGGAAGAUGAAGAAUCUGAAGUAGAAAAAGAUGAUGCACCAGAGAAAGGGGCAGUAGCUGAAGCUGAAGCAAAAGAGAAAAAAACUGAAAAAGAAAGGAAACGAGAAAGACUAAUACGAGAAAUGAAAAUGCACAGUAUCGCCCAACGGAAAGCCAAGGAUCACAAGCAAGAGCUUUUUCGACUUCGCUCAAUCAAGGCUGAAUUGCGUAAAUCUGAGGAGAUUACAGCACAGAGGCAACAAAAGCGUAGGGAUAAGAAGGAUGCAGAAGUCACAAAGACCAAAAGACUUGGCAGACUGAAAUAUCAGGAUCCUGAUUUGGAUGUCCAGCUAAGUGAUGAGAUUGCAGGAUCACUCAGGAAAUUAAAGCCAGAGGGCAGUAUCUUAAAGGAGAGAUUCAAGAGCCUGCAGAAGAGAAACCUCAUAGAGCCAAGAGAGAGAGCAAAGUUCAAACGAAAAUACAAGUUGAAGUAUGUAGAGAAGAGAGCAUUCAAAGAAGUACAGUUGUAACUUUUAUUGUGUACAGAUGACUUACCACUCCCGGAAAGACUCCCUGCAGCCACAGAAAUAAAUGUUUUGUAAAAAGGUGUUUGCUGAUCCAUACAACAUAGAAGUUCUUCUGCACACGUGACUUCUUGUAUUUUCCCCGAAGUGGCUGAUUUCAUAAUUACCCCUUGCCUGCAGUUUUCUUUAUUUGCAAGUUUUGGCUUUUCAUGCCAAUGACAAAUGAUCUUUUUCAGACAAAAUGAUGAAUGGAAAGUGGCUGUGUUGAAUACACGGGGACCAGAGGAAACUUCUUGUUUUUUGUUAUAUUAUGUAAUAUAUGAUAAAAAAAAAUAAAGAUUAACUUUCUCUCUCUGCCCCUUGUUAGGGAAACCAGUACUUGUGAUUUAUGUUUUUUUUUGGAUGUCCAGCUUUAGCUUAAAGGGAAAACUCAAAAGGCAACUUUCUUUCAGGUGUAAUGCAAGUGAGACAAAAUAUGUUUCUUUAACAUGAGGGGAAUUUGGGAGAAGGAAUUACCUAAGGGAAGGAACAGUUCCAGCUGGCUUCAGCUUUAGUGAAAAUAAUGGACUUGGAACAACUUGUUCAGUGUUAGGGAAGAGCAAAAAAUGAGACACCCUUAUGACCUUAGAUAUUAGGCUCACAGGAAAAUAAAAUAAAAACAAACCUGCCAUGGCUAGCUCAACUGUAGAGGAUUCAUUGCAACUGUGUGUAUAAUUUCUUUUUUUAUGUGUAGCAUUAUAUAUGCUUGUUUGGAAAUUUUUCCCAUGGAAAGAGUUCUUGUUUAUCCCCAUUCUAUAUGCUGUAAUACGUGAGACCUGACUCAGUGUUUUUUUCUGUCAUCUCGGAUUUGUCUUGGACUUUAAGGUAUUUGUACUUGGACUUGGCCACUGGUCUCGCCAAAUAAUACGGUCAGUGGUCUCGAAUCGAGACCAGCUGCCUUCUUUGAAAAUAUACAUCUUUGUAUUUUUAUGUUUAUAUGUUUCAAUUUCGGCUUCCAGGACAUGCUUGUGUCAGGAUUCCCCAAGUACAGGUGUAGCUGAGAUAGCUGUGCUUAAUUUUUUUGUACAGUUUUACUGCAGCUAUUUUUUGUUUUUACUCAUUAGAAUCACAUUUGAGAAUGUCCCGAUUGACACUGUUAAUUUUUAAAAAGUUAUUACUAUUCUCAUUUUCCUUACAACAAAUUCUUAAUGUUAUGUUUUUUGCAUGGAGAACCUAGCACCCAUGCACACACACCGUGUUUAUUAACCAUUGUGAAAACAAGAAAAAGUCUUAGGCUUGUUCCGGACAAGAGCUUUUGUACAAAUGUCAGUGACAGUUAGGGUAAGACUUGGCAGCUGCUUGUCAUUUUCAUUUUUGGUUAGUGUCUUAGUUUGAUGGAUUAAUAUGUACAACCUCUGUUAGUCAGAACAGUGCCGUCUUGAUCAUUUCCUCAGUCAUGACAGCAGCUAAGGUUUCAUUUAUUUCAAAAGCCCACAGUCACUUCUGAUGCAGGUUCAUUUGAUUGAAAACUCACUUCAUUCUUGAGAUUUGCAUAUCACAGGUAUUUACAAACAAGCAUUAUUAGAUUGACUCACAACUUUUUGUCUAACUAAAUAUGAAGUAUAUUGCCCAUCCCUGUAAAGAUUCUUUGGUCAUAAGCUUUUAAAGAACAAAAACGAAGGAAAAACGUAAUCCAUUCCUUCUGGGAAGAGUUGUAUACUAUAGUUGGAAGACUGUGGAAAAGAGUGUAGUUUGGCAAUUGUACUUGUUACAACGGAAUGGUUAAAAAUAUGUAUUUUAAUGUUCCCUUGUAUUAAAAUUUUCAGAUUAAAAGAACAAAAAAAAUCAAA